ACUCUCAAGGAACAAUGCAAUUUAAAAUCAGUCUUAUAUUAUACAUCAUCGUAAUAACACGAUAUGAAAUUAAAAGUGCUGUUUUUAUUGUUUAUUUCUUCUUCUCUGUGUACAGAAGAAGAUUUUGAUCCAUUUUCCAAUGAUUUCGUUGAUUACAUCAAUCAGAAGCAGUCUAGAUGGAUAGCAAACAGAUCUUUUGAUAAAAAACAAAUACAAUUACUGGAAAAUUUAUUUUCUGGUGAUAAUGAACCAAAAAUAACUGUUGAAUUUACUCCUACAAUUCAUAAUGAAGACGAAGAACUUCCUGAAUCGUUCGAUGCACGAGAAGCAUGGCCUGAUUGUGCUGACAUAAUCGGAUUCAUCAGAGAUCAAUCUACUUGUGGGUCAUGCUGGGCUUUUUCUACAGCUGAGGCUAUCUCUGAUCGUAUCUGUAUCCAUUCCAACGCUACUAGGAAGGUGUUGGUGUCGGCUCAAGAUAUACUGACUUGCUCUAGUGCUGGGGGGUGUCAUGGGGGUACUUCGGUGUUAGCUUGGGAGUACUGGAAGAAUGGAUAUGUGACUGGGGGGCUGUAUAAUGAUACCAACGAGGGUUGCAAAUCGUAUUUUUUGCCCCCAUGCAAUGACCAUAUGAACAAUUGCACGAAUUAUGUGGAUACUCCGGAAUGUGUGAGUCAAUGUGAUGACUCAAAAGUGGAUUACAAUCAGUCAAAAACGUAUGGACAUCUGAGUUUUAGGAACGGAAGUAUCAACGGAACAGUGAAGCAGAUUCAGUUGGAAAUUUUGAAGAACGGUCCUGUACAGACUACGUUCACAGUUUACGAAGAUUUCGCUUAUUACAAGUCAGGAAUAUAUCAAUACACUGCUGGCAAGGAACGAAGCCGACAUGCUGUGAAAAUAAUAGGUUGGGGCGUGGAAAAAGAGGUCGAAUACUGGCUGAUCGCCAAUUCGUUCAACGCCAACUGGGGCGAAGACGGAUUCUUCAGGAUGAUCAGGGGUAAGAACGAUUGCGGAAUAGAGGAUGUUGCAAAUGGAGGAUUGCCAGAUUUUGAUUUGUUUUGAUUUGGAAUUUAAUAAAUAAUAGUAAGAAAAA